CUUCAGCCAAAGCUUUAGCUAGCUAGUCAGUCGGUAACAGAAAAUGGAGGAAGUUUUCUUACUGAAAGAGUCAGUUUUGUAUUUUCUAGACAGAAGUGGAGCUCUUCUUAAACUUACCGAAGACUGCAAACCAUUCAACGAUAUCCAGCGAAAUGAGGCUGUGUAUCGGUUCUGUAUCAGUGUUAACCCUUCAGACAUAAUAGAACUGGAUCCUAGAUUGGGUGACUGUGUGCUCCAUGACCCCCUCAAAGCUACAUCACUAUUUCAAUCUGUUUGUUUUCUGUCAAUAAAGACACUCUCCCUCAUUGAGAAAAUACACACAGAAAGUCAGGUGAAUGUGAUCCUGAGGUUUACACACCUGCCUCCGUUCCCUGAGUACACCAUGGAUCUCUGUGAGUUUCCCUGUGGUUAUGGCCCCAUGAGGCCCGUUGCCAUGGAGGGCCUGGUCAUCGCGAUGACGAGGGUCACGAAGUACACACAGGGAGCCAGGUUUCUCUGUUCUGAGUCAGACUGCCCCUGCUCAACAGGGUUCCAUCACAUCAGAGUGCACGCACCCGGAGCCACUGAGUCAGCCACAGUGAGGAGUGACUUCAGCUGCCUGCUCUGCUCCUCUCACCUCAAAGAGGAUAUCAAGUUCCGGGUGCUGGGGGACAAGCAGCUUGUAGAGCUGAUCCAUGUCAAAGCACUGGAUGUCCUGAAAGUCCAUCCUCCCAGCGCCCUCAGGUACCAGUCUGUUACCCUGUUUCUCAGAGAUGAGCUGUGUAACUCCAUGAGGAUUGGACGUCUGUACAGGGUGCUGGGCAUACCGGCCCAUGUCCACCAGUGGCCCAACGUCACCUGGAGUGUGGAGGCCAAUAGCGUUAAACCGUGGGAGCCUGAAUACACUGGCACCAUCAGCUCUAACUUCCAGGCCCUGUUGACGGCCACAGCCUGUUCCCCCUGGAGGUUCUCUGCCAUCGUGGCUAACUCGUUUGGCUCCGCAGUGGUUCCCCCGGGCCUGUACAGCACUCUGAAGCUGGGCCUGCUGCUCAGCCUGGUCCAGGGCCGGGGGGACAACCCAGACUCACUGCACUGCCUGGACCUGCUAGCCCUGACUACUGACACACUCAUACUGGACAGGCUGAUGACGUACAGCCUGGGACUGGCUGGCCGUGGGGUGAGACACCCUGCGACAGGGGAGAUGUUUGCCUCUCUUUCCCGUGAUGAUCACGGAGCGGGCACGGCUAACAUCCACGCUGGCUCCGCCCUGCUGGCCACCGGAGGCGUCUGCAUGCUCGGGGACCUGGGCCACCACAGGAAGGACAAGAUGGACGCCCUUCAGUCAGUUCUGGAAAGUCGGACAGUGUCUGUGAUCAUCCCAGGGAAGAAGUAUGGAGAGGAUGCUGACCAGCAGAUCUCCUUCCCUGUCCAGUGCAGCUUCUGGGCCCUGGCAGACUCCACAGCCCCCUCAAAGAAGACCACCAGGAAUGACAGUAUAGUGCUAGGAACAGUGGACAUGGGCCCGGUCCCUGCCCAGCUUGCUGAGGCCUUUGGUCUGGUGAUCCUUUGUCGGGAGGCAGGGGGAGAGCAGGCCCUGCUAGCCCAGACGGUACACACCCUCAGGCAGGCAGUGCAGCCCGGAGAGCCCCUCUACCCAUCCUGCAUACAGUUUACCACACAGGACUACCAGGAGUUCCUGGCCCACGCCCAAGGGAUCCAGACAGAGCUGAGCCCUGGGGCAGAGAUGAUGAUCCAUGGCUAUUACAUGGCCAGCAGAAGGGUCCGCUCAGACUCGGGCCAUGGUGCAAAGGUGUCAGUGGCCUCCAUCAAGCUACUGAUCUCCCUGGCUGAGGCCCACAGUAAGCUGUGUCUGAGGAGCACAGUGCUGGAGGAGGAUGCAGUGAUCGCUGUGUUGCUGUGUGAAAACGCCAUCACUCUCAGACACGGAGCCUCAGCGCUCAUUAUCCCACCCGACGCAGCGUUUCCCUGUGACCUGUGUGACCUGGAAGCUCUCCACAGGCGAGACCUGAUCCUGGAGCAGCUUCACCAGAGCAUCAUGCACUUUGUCUACGCCUACGCACCCGGGGCCACCAGCUACAUCACUGAGGAGGAAUAGGACCACAGCUAAGUAAAGGAUAUCGGUUCGAGUCAGAUGGGCAAUAUACGUGGUGGCCAAAAUCAACACGUCGAGCUUGGACAGUUUUGUGUCUGGUGGCACCGACGGCAGAGUCCUCUGUAGCUCCAGGAAUGCGCUUCUCAGAGUCUGCACUCGACUCCUCUCCCGCGCUGCGUUGGCUGCUGCCGGCCGCCCUCUGCCACUGAGGCCACCCGCCUGGACCACCCUAGAGUGCUGCAGGGCCUCCGGACGCCGACUGUCGGUGGUCAGCAUGUCAGGACUGGGGCUGGAGCUGGGGCUGGAUGUGGGACUCUCAUCCAUAACUGUCACUGGGCCAUUUCCACUAUCCAUGCGGAUCGUCUGUCUUCCAACCAUAGGGAGCAUUUAUAAACCUGACGGGUAACAUAUGUCUUGUUGAUGAAUGUACAUUUUCACUUGCCUAUUACUUAAACAAACUGAAAACGCCAAGAUUGUAAUUGAAAGAAAACAAGUUAUCUGUAUUUUAUAUUUUAUAAUAAGCCUACAUUAGCCUACAGAAAUAGUACACGUUUAUGUAGGUAUAUUGACCAGUGUGCGUAAAGUGUGUACAAAUGCAUUUAAAUGAUCUGUAACAGGCCAAGUUAGUUGCUGAACAUAAAUUAAGGCAGGCAUAUAAAAUCCUCAUCCUUGUCUUGAACUGUGUGUGCCUUUUGAACUUGUGUAUAAACAUGCCGUUGAAUAUUCAGGCAUUUUGAAAAAGAUGAAUGGUAAAAUAGUAUUGCAACACAUUUUGUAUCCAAUUAGGCCAAUUGGGUAAACUUAAAUUUGCAUUACCCAUAUAAUGCAUUCAUUACGCAUAUCGGCAACAUGUACUUAAUCAACAUGCCAUAACAACAUUACUAAAUUGUUGUGAUGAAUUUGUAUAAUCGUAUUUUAUUGUUCCUUCAUUAUUGCAAUAAAGCAUUUGAAAAAUAAUCA